AGUCGCCGCGCCGUCCGCCUCCCAGCGCGCCGCGGGCCCCGCUCCCGAGCCUCUCCGCGCUCCCCGCGACCUCUGCGCGCCCUCCGGCCGCCCUCCGCGCCCCGCGCUCCGCACACCCCGCGGGGUGGGUGCAAAGAAAGUUUGCGGCUGCCGCCGCCGGCCGCCGCCCGCCCGCCUCUCGGCCUAGGAGGCUCGCCGCCCGCCCGCCGCUCGGCCUUGCUGGGGACCGCGUCCCGCCCGGAGCCGGCCACCAUGAACAAGCUGUACAUCGGCAACCUCAACGAGAGCGUGACCCCCGCCGACCUGGAGAAAGUGUUCGCGGAGCACAAGAUCUCCUACAGCGGCCAGUUCCUGGUCAAGUCCGGCUACGCCUUCGUGGACUGCCCCGACGAGCACUGGGCGAUGAAGGCCAUCGAAACUUUCUCGGGGAAAGUAGAACUGCAAGGAAAACGCCUAGAGAUUGAACACUCGGUCCCCAAAAAACAAAGGAGUCGGAAAAUUCAGAUCCGAAAUAUCCCACCCCAGCUGCGAUGGGAAGUCCUGGACAGCCUGCUUGCUCAGUAUGGAACAGUAGAGAACUGUGAACAAGUGAACACGGAAAGUGAGACGGCCGUGGUGAAUGUCACCUAUUCCAACCGGGAACAGACCAGGCAAGCCAUCAUGAAGCUGAAUGGCCACCAGCUGGAGAACCAUGCCUUGAAGGUCUCCUAUAUUCCCGACGAGCAGAUAGCACAGGGUCCUGAGAACGGGCGCCGAGGGGGCUUUGGCUCUCGGGGUCAGCCUCGGCAGGGCUCGCCUGUGGCAGCCGGGGCCCCUGCCAAGCAGCAGCAAGUGGACAUCCCCCUGCGGCUCCUGGUGCCCACCCAGUAUGUGGGCGCCAUCAUUGGCAAGGAGGGCGCCACCAUCCGAAAUAUCACAAAACAGACCCAGUCCAAGAUCGACGUGCACAGGAAGGAGAACGCAGGUGCCGCCGAAAAGGCCAUCAGCGUCCACUCGACACCCGAGGGCUGCUCCUCCGCCUGUAAGAUGAUCUUGGAGAUCAUGCAUAAGGAGGCCAAGGACACCAAAACGGCUGACGAGGUUCCCCUGAAGAUCCUGGCCCAUAAUAACUUCGUGGGGCGCCUCAUUGGCAAGGAGGGGCGCAACCUGAAGAAGGUGGAGCAGGACACGGAGACGAAAAUCACCAUCUCCUCGCUGCAGGACCUCACCCUCUAUAACCCCGAGCGGACCAUCACCGUGAAGGGGGCCAUCGAGAACUGCUGCCGGGCCGAGCAGGAGAUCAUGAAGAAAGUUCGGGAGGCCUAUGAGAAUGACGUGGCUGCCAUGAGUCUGCAGUCUCAUCUCAUCCCCGGCCUGAACUUGGCUGCCGUGGGUCUUUUCCCAGCCUCGUCCAGUGCAGUCCCGCCACCUCCCAGCAGUGUCACGGGAGCUGCUCCCUAUAGCUCCUUUAUGCAGGCUCCGGAGCAGGAGAUGGUGCAGGUCUUCAUCCCUGCCCAGGCGGUGGGCGCCAUCAUCGGCAAGAAGGGGCAGCACAUCAAACAGCUCUCCCGUUUCGCCAGCGCCUCCAUCAAGAUUGCUCCUCCAGAGACUCCUGACUCCAAAGUUCGUAUGGUUAUCAUCACUGGACCCCCAGAGGCCCAAUUCAAGGCUCAGGGAAGAAUUUAUGGAAAACUCAAGGAGGAGAAUUUCUUUGGUCCCAAGGAGGAAGUAAAGCUGGAAACCCAUAUCCGGGUGCCAGCGUCGGCGGCCGGCCGGGUUAUUGGCAAAGGUGGCAAAACGGUGAACGAGUUGCAGAAUUUGACAGCAGCUGAAGUGGUGGUGCCAAGAGACCAGACCCCUGAUGAGAACGACCAGGUCAUUGUUAAGAUCAUCGGGCAUUUCUAUGCCAGCCAGAUGGCUCAGAGGAAGAUCCGAGACAUCCUGGCCCAGGUUAAACAGCUGCACCAAAAGGGACAGAGUAACCAGGCGCAGGCGCGGAGGAAGUGACCCGCCCCUCCCCAGCACAUCAACUCGAGGACGACGGGCUGAAAUCGAGAGCGCGUUCUCCCCAGCAGGCCUGAGAAUGAGUGGGAAUCAGGGACACUUGGGCUGGGAUGUAGAUCAGGUUUGCCCACUUGUUUGAGAAAGACGUUCCAGUGAGGAACCCUGAUCUCUCUGCCCCAAACACCCAACCAAUUGGCCCAACACUGCCCACCCCUCAGGGUGUCACCAUGGAAAUUCUAGCUCAGGGUGCUUUUAAACGUGGAUUGUUUAAGUCAGUUCUUCAGGUCCCACCGAGAGGGUGGGCCAGA